AUGGCCGCCCCCCUGGACCAAGCUGUUGGCCUCUUGGUUAUUACUUUCCAGUACGCCGGCAAAGACGGUGACAAGCAGACGCUGAGCAAGAAGGAGCUGAGACUGAUCCAGAACGAGUUGACCAUUGGAUCUAAACUGAAAGAGGCUGAGAUUCAAGGACUGAUGGAAGAUCUGGAUCGCAACAAAGACGAGAAGGUCAACUUCACAGAAUACGUGACCUUCCUCGGUGCCUUGGCCAUGAUUUACAAUGAGGCCUUGCAGGGCUAAUCAUAGACGAGCCCAGAUAGAUCAAGGAAGCUUGGCCUUGAGGAACAGGAAGUGCCUCUGUAAACGGUUUUGUGUCUAAUAAAAAUUGAUUUUUGUAACGUU